AAACCAAACUCUCAUAAAAUUUUUGAAGGAGAAGGAAGGAGCAGAAGAAGAAACAAAUUCGUCUUCUUCCUUUUCUUCUUCUUCUUUAAUUGAUUAUUAUUGAAAUUCAUAUUCUUCUGAUUUUUCUUCAGUUUUCGAAUUCUCCCGAUCGUAACGGUGUGUGUGUUAUUAAUUACGGUUGGAUUUGAGGUGUCAGAGUUUUUGUUUUAUGUAUUGAUGAUCAUCAUGGAGUCACCGGAGACAGGGAGAGGGGUGGCGUUGGAAUUUCCGGCGAGUGAAGCGCCGGCGUAUUCGAGGAUGCCGAUGAGGAUUAAAAAGAGGCUUCUUGUGGAGUGCAAGACUCCCACUACUGUGGAAGAAAUCGAAGCAAAGCUUCGCCACGCGGAUCUUCGCAGACAGCAAUUCUAUGAAAAUGUUUCAAGCAAGGCACGACCAAAGCCAAGAAGCCCCUUACAGUCCUCAUCGAAUGAUGAACACCUUAGUCAGCGACUUGAAGCAAAGCUGCAAGCUGCUGAGCGGAAAAGGUUGAGCAUUUUGGCAAAGGCCCAGAUGCGACUUGCUAAGUUGGAUGAGUUACGGCAAGCAGCUAAAACUGGGGUAGAAAUGCGUUUUGAGAAAGAACGUGAGAAGCUUGGUACAAAAGUGGAGUCACGGUUUCAGCAGGCAGAGGCAAAUAGAAUGCUUAUUCUCAAGGCAUACAGUCAACGAAGGGCUACAAUAAAGGAGAGAUCAUCCCAGUCAUUAUUGCGUAGGAUGGCUAGAGAAAGCAAGUAUAAGGAACGUGUGCGUGCUGCAAUUCACCAAAAGCGUGCAGCUGCUGAGAAGAAGCGUCAGGGACUGCUAGAAGCAGAAAAGAAGAGAGCACGAGCUAGGUUUUUACGGGUUCGGAGGGUGGCCAACUCUGUCUCUCACCAGCGUGAGGUUGAGAGAAGCAGAAUGAGGGACCAGUUGGAAGAUAAAUUGCAAAGGGCAAAGAGGCAAAGAGCAGAAUAUUUGAGGCAGAGAGGAAGGUCACAUAAUACCGUCCGAGUGAACUGGAAGAAGAUGCACAAGCAAGCUGAUCUGCUUUCCCAGAAGUUAGCUAGGUGCUGGAGGCGGUUCCGUAAGCUGAGGAAAACUACCUUAGACUUGACAAAAGCCUUUGAUGGAUUGAAAAUUAACAAGAAUGCUGUAAAAUCAAUGCCAUUUGAACAACUUGCCCUUUUGAUUGAAUCAAAUACUGCCCUUCAAACUGCAAAAGCUUUACUUGAUCGGAUUGAAAGCCGCUUUAGAGCCUUAAGGACUGUUGGUGCCACCAGUCAUACAUCCAAUUUGGAUAACAUUGAUCACCUUCUCAAAAGAGUUGCGACUCCUAAGAAAAGGACCACUCCCAGGACUUCUGUGCGGAGCAGAGGAGAGGCAAAGAGAGUGUCUUCUGUUAAGGAGCCAACUAGAAGUCCAUCUAAACUAUCAAGAUAUCCAGUCAGAAUAGUUCUUUGUGCCUACAUGAUAUUGGGGCAUCCAGAUGCAGUUUUCAGUGGUCAGGGGGAGCGAGAGAUAACUUUGGCAAAGUCUGCAGAAGCAUUUAUUGGAGAAUUUGAGUUGUUGAUAAAGAUUAUGUUGGAGGGGCCUGUCCACAGUUCUGAUGAAGGCUGUGACUCUGCAUCACCCAAACACCAGACCUUUAGAUCACAGCUAGCUGGGUUUGAUAAAGCCUGGUGCUCCUAUCUGAAUUCCUUUGUAGUGUGGAAGGUUAAAGAUGCUCAAUCAUUGGAGGAGGAUUUGGUAAGAGCAGCUUGCCAACUUGAGCUCUCCAUGAUUAAAAAAUGCAAGCUAACUCCAGAAGGAGAUAAUUCCAAACUUAGUCAUGACAUGAAGGCUAUUCAGAGACAGGUUAUGGAAGAUCAGAAGCUUCUACGAGAGAAAGUGCAACACUUGAGUGGAGAUGCUGGGAUUGAGCGAAUGGAAUUUGCUUUGUUUGAAACGCGCUCUAAAUACUUCCAAGCAAAGGAAAAUGGUAGCCCUAUAGGAUCACCAAUAACACACAUCCUCUCUCCAAGCUCACCUAGUUCCCCAGAUGCUCCUACUGCUAGCAGAGAUAAUAGAAGUAAUGUGACUGAGAGGCCAAACCAUGUUGUCCGCCGCUCCUUGUUCAAGGAAGACAGAUCUGCCCAACCCCCAGAUUCAAGUUCCUCUGUGCCUAGUAGUAGCUCUUCAGAUGCUCAGUUGGGUUCUAUUGAGAAGCAUCUUGUCACAGAAAAUGAGUUGAUUGUGAAUGAAUUUCUCCAUGAGCAGUGCCGUGCAUUUGUUGAAAGGUUCAGUGUCACUGAAGAAAAUCGAAAUGAUAUUAAGUCUAAGAUAAGAGAAACAAUGGAGAAGGCAUUUUGGGAUAGCAUCUUGGAAUCCAUGAGACAGGAUGAGCCCAACUUUGACCGUGUUAUUCAACUUGUGGGUGAGGUGAGGGAUGAAAUUUGUGAGAUGGCUCCACCAAGCUGGAAAGAAGAGAUAACUGAAGCUUUGGACCUAGAGAUUCUCAGUCAGGUGCUGAAGUCAGGUAACAUGGAAAUUGAUUAUCUUGGAAAAAUUCUGGCAUUUGCUUUGGGCACUCUGCAGAAGCUUUCUUCUCCUGCGGAUGAAGAUCAACUGAGGGCCAAGCACCAGAAAUUGUUGAGAGAGUUAGCUGAGAUAUGUCAAGCAGGGGAUGAGUCAAAUCAUUCUUCUGCAGUUGCAAUGAUCAAAGGUCUACGCUUUGUUCUAGAGCAGAUUCAGGUUCUUAAGCUAGAGAUAAGCAAAGCACGUAUCAGAAUGAUGGAGCCUUUGCUAAAAGGACCUGCUGGAUUGGAUUACCUUAGGAAAGGUUUUUCCAACCGUUAUGGGUCUCCCUCUGAUGCCCACACCUCUUUACCAGUGGCAAUGCAGUGGGUUUUAUCUGUAUGGAACUGCAAAGAUCAGGAGUGGGUAGAACACACAAAUUCUUUAUCAGCUUUGAUUAGACAAGAAAGCUCAUCUCAGGUCCUUAUUCCUUCUGUAACCCUUAAAACUGGCGGAAGCUUUCAUUCAACAAGUGGAAGCCAAACUCUCCAUACUUCUGCUACAAUUACUAGAGGUCUUCAACAACCUGAAUGCAAGGGAGAAAGAGUUGAAGUGCUAGUGAGGCUUGGUUUAUUAAAGUUAGUUAGCAGAGUUUUGGGCCUGACAUCAGAAGUUUUGCCUGAAACUUUCAUUCUUAACCUCACUAGACUGAGGGCUGUUCAGGCCGAAAUUCAGAAGAUAAUUGUAACAGCAACAAGCAUUCUUAUAUGUCGGCAAACCUUACUCAGUGAGCAAGUAUUAGCCAACUCAACAGACGUGGAAAGUAUAAUAUCCAAGUGCACUGAACAACUGUUGGAGCUCUUAGACCGUCCGGGAGAGGGAGGUCUUGAAGAAAUUGUUGAAAUAAUCAGUGGAUUCUCCGGAGAUGGUGUCCAUGGAGCAGAUACUGAGAAACUUCGAUUGAGGAGAGUUGUAAUGGCUAAGACCUUGGCGAAGAGCCUGCAAGCCGGGGAUGCAGUGUUUGAAAGGGUAGCGCGUGCUGUUUAUAUGGCUUUCAGAGGAGUCGUGCUGGGAGGCAGUGGUCCCCAAGGAAGCAAAUUAGCUGAAACUGCCCUCAGACAGGUCGGAGCUGGCUUGCUGACACAAAGGGUGGUGGAAGCUGCCGAAGUGUUGGUGGUUGUAGCCACUGUUUCCAUCGGUAUCCAUGGACUUUGGUAUACAAACAUGAUCGAUAAAAUGUGAUGAAUUUGUGAAUAUGUAUGAAAUAAGUUGAUUCAAACAGCGUGUACAUAUAUUGUGUGUGAACCAUUGUUUGAAAUGGCUUGUAGAUGGAUGGAUAUUGAUGAUCAAGCUACGUAGGACAGACAGAUGUAAAUGGUAGUGUUCAGUUUAAGGAAAAAUUAAUUCGUUGUUUCUUUUCUGUUUACCCGGUGUCAAUUUGAAUUAAUUUGCAUUUCUACAUUGUUGUAUUGGCUCUCAUAUUAUGGGAGAAAUGUUAUCUAAUCAUAAUUUGGAAAAAUAACCUAAUAAUCUAAGAAUUUUGUU